GUGUCACCUGUACCCGAGGCGGUCACAGCAGCAGCAGCCCCAGCAAGUGCCUGUGGUGGACUUCCAGGCGGAGCUGAGACAGGCAUUCUUAGCUGAGACGCCAAGAGGUGGUUAAAGCAGUGUUGGAGCACCCAGGUAGCUGAUUGCAAGCGGAAAGAAAUAACAGGCUCCAUCUGCUAUCUGAAGCUUCUGCCCCAGCUUGCAUUGUUUGUAGGAGAACCUGCGUCAUACCUUUAUCUGUAGCCUUCCCUUAGGUCUUAAGGAUCCUGAAACUUUUCCUGUGGACAUUGGACUUGGUGGAACAGCAAUCAUGACGGUGGGAAAGAGCAGCAAGAUGCUGCAGCACAUUGACUAUAGGAUGAGAUGCAUCCUGCAAGAUGGCCGGAUCUUCAUCGGCACCUUUAAGGCUUUUGACAAGCAUAUGAACUUGAUCCUCUGUGACUGUGACGAGUUCAGAAAGAUCAAGCCAAAGAAUGCAAAGCAGCCUGAGCGUGAAGAAAAGCGGGUUUUGGGUCUGGUGUUGCUGCGUGGGGAGAACUUGGUUUCCAUGACUGUGGAGGGACCACCCCCCAAAGAUACUGGCAUUGCCCGGGUACCACUUGCCGGAGCUGCAGGAGGCCCUGGGGUUGGCAGGGCAGCUGGCAGAGGCGUACCCGCUGGUGUUCCAAUUCCCCAGGCUCCUGCGGGGUUAGCAGGCCCUGUCCGAGGGGUUGGGGGGCCAUCCCAACAGGUGAUGACCCCACAGGGAAGAGGCACUGUGGCUGCUGCCGCUGUUGCUGCUACAGCCAGCAUCGCUGGAGCCCCGACUCAGUACCCGCCGGGGCGGGGGACCCCACCCACGCCUGUUGGUCGAGCAACCCCACCUCCAGGAAUUAUGGCUCCUCCACCUGGUAUGAGACCACCCAUGGGCCCACCAAUUGGGCUUCCCCCUAGUCGAGGGACACCAAUAGGCAUGCCCCCUCCAGGGAUGAGACCGCCUCCACCAGGAAUUAGAGGUCCACCUCCCCCAGGAAUGCGUCCACCAAGGCCCUAGGAUACUGUUGAUCCUUCUUAAGUCACUUUUUUCCUGCAAUGCGUCUUGUGAAAUGUGUGCAGUGUUUGUGAGCUUUUGUCCCCUCUUUGCUGCAUUAAUAUUAGCUAAUAAAUGCAUAGAGCAAUUAAA